AUGAUGAUGUUGAAGCCGAGCCGAGAUGCAGAAAAUAUUCCCCCCAACCCCAACCUCCAAGCUCAAAGCUCCCCCACCAAAACAUCGACAUCCCUCUACCUUCAUGUGAUAUGGAGUCAGAAUACACCCGCCUCCAUAUCACCCCCCUCAACCCCACCCCUCCUCGCCACCAUUCUCCCACCCUCAGUCCUCCCCAACGCCCGCAACAUCUCCUACCACACAAUCGAGACCUUCCCUGAAAAAGCCUACGGCUACGUCGAACUCCCCAUCAUGGAUGCCGAGAAGAUCAAAAAGAAGCUCAAUGGCUCCAUCCUUAAAGGAACGAAAAUCCGCAUCGAGAAGGCAAGGCCGGAUAAAGAACCACCCAUAGCAGAAGAGCCAGAACAAGCCAAGAAGAAGCCGAAGAAGCGCAAGAGGGACAGCACCAUACCCGGUGUGGAUAUCGGAGAACGCAGUGUGAAGCGGGGAUGGACUGUUCCGGGGAAACCAGAUAAGGACAAGAAGAAGAUCAAAUCGAAAUAUACUACGGGUUCGGAAUGUCUUUUCAAAACAGUCGUUCCUCCUAAUGUUGCGGCGAAUGCGAAGUCUAUGGAUGGAAAAACGGACAAGAAACACAGGAAGGCCGGGAAGGAGGCACUUGUGCAUGAAUUUUCGAAGAGUACCAAGUAUGCGACGUUCUUGAGAGAUAAUGCCGUUGCGGGUGGCUCCAAGGCUGUAGAGUUUGUGGAGGGCAAGGGGUGGGUAGACGAAGAGGGGAAUGUGCUUGAGGAGGUCAAGAAGUCUCAGAAGACGCCAAAGGUAGAAUCGAAAGUACUGGUUGCAGAGAGGGCAUCAAAGGACGAUAAAGAUGAGAGUUCAUCAGAAGAGGAAUCGGAUCACGACAAUACGGUUUCAACCUCGAAAGUACCCACCAAGCCAGCCCAGGACGAGAGCAGCGACGAAAGUUCCUCUGAAGAAGAAAUAACUUCUCCAUCCGCAUCAGCUCCUACGCUAGUCCCGCAGGCAGCAGAGGAAGACACAGAAACAUCCACAUCCGGCUCUUCGUCCUCAGAAUCCGACUCCGAGUCCGACUCUUCAGAAUCCUCAGAAUCCUCAGAAUCAGAAUCCGCCCUACAACCUUCCCCCCGCCCCUUGUCCCGCCCACAAUCAUCUUCCGGCCCUCCCAUCAGUCUAAGCAUCAAGAUCCCCUCAGCAAUAUCGACUCCUGCCCACACCGUCCAUCCCUUAGAAGCGCUCUACAAAAAGCCCAAGCCAGAUGACGGAGUUGCGCCUGAGCCAGAUGUACCGUCCUUCAAUUUCUUUGGCGCUGAUGGCGAUGUGGAUGAGGAAAUGGACGAAGUCCCAAAUCAGGUGCCAUUAACGCCUUUUACACAACGCGAUUUCGAAUACCGCGGGAUGCGAAGCGCGGCACCAACGCCCGAUACUGCACAUCCUAACAAACGAUUUGUCUGGCCCACUGAAAAUUCCGACGACGAGGAUGAUGAUGUACCGACUUCGCCGAUUCGUAAAGGAUCGAGUAGCAAGGAAGGGGAAAAGAAGGAGGGUGCGAGUGCAGAGAGCGAUUUCCAGAAAUGGUUUUAUGAAAAUAGGGGCGACACGAGUAGGGCGUGGAAGAAGAGGCGGAGAACUGUGGCGAAGGAGAAGAGACAUAGGGAGAAUCGGAAGAGGGGUGAGAGAGCUGCUUAG